GCCUGUAUGAGAUGUGCGAGGUUUUGCUUCGUUUGAAUUUUCAAGGCGCUUUGUUUUGUCGACCUGUAUUUUAUUAUAUUUUUAACUCCAGCCUCUGAACUGCGCACACAGCGGACAGAGAGCGCAGUCCACGGAGUCGCCAAGUUCGUGUCAACAAGCGCUAGGAGAUCCCGCCGGAGCAGCGAGAUAGACAAGACGUCGCAGUCAAGACCGCUACCAUGGACUCGUUUCCGGGCCUUGAAUUUGAAAGCGACAUCCUGAGCGACAUCGACUUUGGCCUCGGGUCUGGCGGCAUGGGGGGCAUGAUUGGAACCGGGCUUGAUUCCCCUGGUAACCUGCCCUUUAGCGUUGGGACACCCACGGGUAUUGCGAGUCUUGGCUCUGGUGCCUUUCCAGGCAUGCACAACAACACCAACAGCACCGGUCAAAGCAACACGUCUACCGCCCAGACCAACCCGUCUGGAACCAAUUCCGACAUGAAUAGGGACGACGGUAGGUUCCACGACGACGACGGCAUGUUCUUUGGCAGUGACAUGGGCAAAGAAGAAGACAAAACUUCGUCCAAGCCUCCGUCCGUCCAUCCACACCACAGCACGACCACGUCAUCCAACAACAACCUUGGCCGCGGCAGCAACAUGCCAAACAACAACAAUCCCCCCCACAUGUCGCAUGAAAAGCCGAACAACCAAAGUCAAGGCGGGGGACCGUCAGCAAAUUCCAUGCCACAUCACCAGUCAAGUCAUUUGGGGAACAAUAGCGGCGGCCGAAAGGACUCGGUUAGCGACACUCGACCGCACAGCAAUGGCGGCGGGCCUUCUUCCAACAACCCGACAAAUCCCAACGCGCCAAAGGGUGUGCCCGGCGGGGGCGGCAGGAUUUCCGAGAGCAACACGGAGCUUCUGAGCUCACUACUGCUUCCCGACAACAGUGGACCUCCCAUGAAUAUGGGAAUCGCGAACCCCAAUACCCGGCCCCAAAUCAACCAAGGCAGCAACAAUGGUCCAGGUCCGCAUAACAUAAACAGCCACUACGGACAACCGACACAUCAGCAGCAACCACUCAAUUACGGCCAGGGACCGCCGCCGCCGCAGCAGCGCGGGAACCUCAUGAUGGGGUCGCAUCCCGGCAACCCCUCUAACAUGUACGGCGGGUACAACCCCUCUCAUACCCAAAACCGACCACCACAAACGUACCAAGCACAGCCGCAGUCGCUGCAGCGCACUUCCAGCAUGCCCGGAGGACAACUCAUCCGGCAGUCGUCCGCCCUCUCGACCGGCGGAAGCAACCCAUUCCCGACUAACUACGACGAAGAACUCGCCAAGCUGAAGAGCAUGCUAAGCGCUCAGCCCGACUUGAUUCCCCCGCCACAAGAAAUUUUACGUGUCACACAGCAGCUUUGCAUGGCCAACAUGCAACGUCUCCAACAACAGCAACACCCCGGCCACCCUGUCAGCGGGUACAUGCAGCAGCCCCCGCACAUACAAGCCAAUGGCAUUCACAUGCCAGGCAGCAGUCCUCCGCAAAUGCCCCCCGGGUAUCCCCCAAGUGGCCCCCCACCGCCGACUCGGGGAGGCCCGAUGCCCAACCAGCCCCACAUGAGCAUGGACCACCGGCAAUCCCUGUCUGGCGCAUCCAUGUCGUCUGGAAAUGCCUCGGUUGGGGUGCUGCCGUCGCGUCCGGGGGUGUCGCCAGCGUCGGUUGCGUCGGUGGGCCAACAAAAUCCACCUGCCAACAACCAAAUGGUCGCCCAGCAACCUGGUGGUGCCAACAAGUCGACCAACGUAUGGCAGUCGGAGAGCGAUGUCCCCCUUCGACGAAAAAUGAUCGCCAAGAUUGUGAGUUUGCUCCAGCAGCGCAAGCCCGAUGCCCCGACCGAGUGGAUCCGCCGGUUGCCUGACAUGGCGCGCCGUCUCGAAGACUCGCUCUACCGCACGGCCACGGGGCGGGAAGUGUACGGCAACUUCAACACAUUAAAGUCUCGGCUGCAGCACUUGGCCGUCACGAUGGGUGCCCGUGCCGCCAAGGGCAAUGAUCCCAACAGUCCAAGCGAAUCGACUCCAGCGCCGAGCGGCGCCCCCGCGCUCAUGGGGUCCAAUGGUCCCCCGCCGCCGCAGCAGCAGCACACCGGGCCGAACGGCGGUGUGCCUCCACCAAAUGCCGCUGGCAGGCCAGGGGGGCCUCCCGGCAACAUGUACAACCCGUCGCAAGGCACGUCACAACAGCCGAACGGUGGCCCGACGAAUGGCCGCAUGAGCCAGCAAAUGCAGCUCCAGAUGCAGUCUCACAUGCAACAACGGCAAGGCAUGGCAAACAACAACGCGCCAGGUGGCCUGAACAAGGUAUCCCCUGGCGCCCCCCCCAACUCGAACCCACCGCCUCCAGCCAACCCGCGCCAGAACUCCGGUCCGCCCCAAGCGAACACCCCUGCAUUUCGACCAAACAACGCGAGCGCCAUGCAACAGCAGCAGCAGAGGGCCAACAUGUAUGCGAACCCGCCGCCGCCGCAGCAACCGCAGAAUCCUCGCGUGGCAUCUCCAGGCAACACGAGCAUGCGCAACAUGUCGACGAGCCAGCCGCCGGCGACCCAACGGUCCACGUCGAUCUCGAGUGCCCGACUCAGCGACGCGCUUGGCGACAUGGACUCGACAGACUUUUUGGAUCUCGGCAUGGGCGACGACGGCACCGACUUGGGAGCGGAGGACCCGAUCGAUGCGCUCAUGCGAGGGAGCAACUCGUCCACGGCAUCGGACAAGGACAAAAGGACUGCGACGCCGUCUGCUUCGCCCAAGCCAGACCCGAAAGCGGCGGCCAAGCGUCCGAUGCCCGCCGCGCAACAAGACAGCCAGGCCGCCAAGCGGGCCAAAGCCCCCGCCAAGCGAACGCCACGUAAUAACAGCGCCAGUCCGCCCGUAGUCAAGACGCCCCCGCCAUCGGGAACAACAGCGGCAUCAAAGCAACCCCCGACGGUCAAGACGCCGCCGCCGCCGCCCCCUGUGAAUAAGUAGAGUGUGCUAUGUUCAACCAUGUCGUUGUUCGAGUUUGUGG